AUGUCGACUGACAAGAUCACCUUCCUCACCAACUGGCACGCGACGCCUUACCACGCCCCGGUGUACCUGGCCCAGGCCAAAGGAUACUUCAAGGAUGAGGGAAUCAAGGUUGCUCUUCUCGAGCCCAACGACCCCAGUGAUGUCACUGAGAUCAUUGGAACUGGCAAAGUCGACCUUGGUUUCAAGGCUAUGAUUCACACGCUUGCCGCCAAGGCCCGCGACUUCCCCGUCCUCUCCAUCGGAAGCCUGCUCGACGAGCCGUUCACCGGUGUCGUCUACCUCAAGUCGUCCGGAAUCACCACCGACUUCCGCACCCUCAAGGGCAAGCGCAUCGGCUACGUCGGCGAGUUCGGCAAGAUCCAGAUCGACGAGCUGACGUCGCACUACGGCAUGACGCCCGAGGACUACACGGCCGUGCGAUGCGGCAUGAACGUGUCGCGCGCCAUCAUCAACGGCGACAUCGACGCCGGCAUCGGCCUGGAGAACGUCCAGAUGGUCGAGCUCGAGGAGUGGCUCGCCGCGCAGGGCCGCCCCAAGUCCGACGUGCAGAUGCUGCGUAUUGACGAGCUCGCCGAGUUGGGCUGCUGCUGCUUCUGCACCAUCCUGUACAUCGGCAACGAGACGUUCCUUCGCGAGCACCCGGCCGAGACCCGCGCGUUCAUGCGUGCCGUCAAGCGCGCGACCGACUUUGUCCUCGCGGAGCCCGAGGCGGCGUGGGCUGAGUACGUCGCCUUCAAGCCCGUCAUGGGCACCGACCUGAACCGCAAGAUCUUCGAGCGCAGCUUCGCGUACUUCUCCAAGGACCUGAAGAACGUGCAGCGCGACUGGGAAAAGGUCACCAAGUACGGCAAGCGCCUUGGCGUCCUGGAUGCCAGCUUCAAGCCCAACUACUCCAACGAGUACCUGGAGUGGGUGCUGGAGCCCGAGUCCAACGACCCCGUCGGUGACCAGAAGCGGAUUGCCCAGCUGCAGAAGGAGGUUGCUGCUACGGGCGGCUUCCAGAGGCUGCAGGCUGGAGCAGAAGUUCAAGCCUAG